CGAAAACACUCUCGAACUCGAAAAGCAGCCUUAACCUCUGUAACGAUCUUGGAGGCGACAUUCCCAUGGACUUCUGCACCAACGAGACCACAAACACAAACCGACACAGACAGACACAAAAUGCACAACGCAACCUCCCUAAUGCCCGUCAUGCCUCCCCCAGGCACCCCUGUCCGACUCCCAGUCCAGCCGGGCACAUCCGUCACCAUCCCAGCCUUCACCGACCACCGCGCACACAUCACCAUCCCAACAACCCACGUCUACACAGUUCCCCACAAACGCAUCAUAGACGAGACCACCCUGAGGAUAUGGUUGCGCUCCGAAGCGUUUGUGCGGUUGUUGGAGUUUAUUCAGGUGUUGAAUAACGCGGCGUAUCAGAAGAAGAAUUCGGAUGCGUGUGCCGAGAGUGAGACAGUAAGGAAGCUGGUGGACAUGCUCGAUACACUGGAUAAAUGGAUCGACGAGAUACCCGCGUUGGAGACCCCGCAGCGGUUCGGCAACAAGGCAUUCAGGACAUGGAUAGAUCGGUUGGAAAGUAACGCCGCAUCAAUCAUAAGCAGCAUCCUUCCCCCCGACCGACAACCCGCCGUCGAAGAGCUGACGCCGUAUCUGACAGGCGGGUUUGGGCACGGGACGCGGCUGGACUAUGGAAGCGGGCACGAACUGUCGUUUACGGCCUGGUUGUGCUGUUUGGAGCUGCUGGAUGUGGUGACGCCGGAGGAUCACACGGCGAUCGUCACAAGGGUUUUCGUGAAAUAUCUGGAUGUCGUCCGCCGCCUCCAGCGCGUGUACAUGCUAGAACCGGCCGGCAGCCAUGGUGUAUGGGGUCUGGACGACCACCAGUUUUUGCCCUACUUCUGGGGAAGUGCGCAACUCAUAGAUCACCCGCGCCUGAAGCCCAAAUCAGUCAUGCAAGCCGACAUUGUCGAGCACUAUUCAAAAGAGUACAUGUACCUGGCCUGCAUCCAGUACAUCCAUGAGGUGAAAAAAGGCCCAUUCCACGAACACUCGCCCAUGCUCUACGACAUCUCCGGCGUGCCGCACUGGCAGAAAGUCAACAAGGGCAUGCUGAAGAUGUAUAUUGCCGAGGUGUUACAUAAACUUCCGGUUGUGCAGCAUUUGCCGUUUGGGAGUUUGUUGCCUUUUGAUGUGCCUGCUGAGAACGGGAAUUCGAGUCAGUCGUAGGGUUGAAGGGCGUCAGAUGUAGUGAACUGAAGCGAGAUUACGUCGUAUGUAUUAAUGUCUGCAGAGAGAGAGAUCCCCCAUUGCACAAAGAGGACGACACAAAAGAAGAACGGAGAUUGAAGUUCUUUGGCAACAAGAUGAU